AUGGCGGGGGAGGAGGCUGCGGGCGCCGCAGCGGCCGAAGGGAAGGAAGCCGGGAACGGCGGCAGCUACGACCGCAAGUGCGUGUUCUGCAGGAUCGCUCGCCGGGAGGAGCCGGGCACGAAGCUGUUCCCCAGCGAGUAUGAAGACCUCGUGUGCUUUAAGGAUAUCAAACCUGGUGCCCCCCACCACUACCUGGUGGUGCCGGUGGAGCACCUGGGAAACUGCAAAACGCUGAAGACGGAGCACAUACCACUAGUGAAGAGAAUGAUGGAAGUUGGAAAAGCUGUCCUCCAGAGGAAUAAUGUUAGUGACUUGAGUGAUGUAAGGAUGGGUUUUCACUGGCCUCCCUUCUGCUCAAUAGCCCACUUGCAUCUCCAUGUCCUGGCCCCAGCCAGCCAGCUGGGAUUCUUGUCCAGACUUUACUACAGGAUCAAUUCCUACUGGUUUAUCACGGCUGAACAACUCCUUGAGCGACUGCAAACUCCAAAUGCUGCCAGCUGAAA